AUCUGUGGUAUAUUGGGAGCACUAUAAGACCUGUUAAGACCCGUGCUCUUGAACACAGAUCUAGGCUCAAGCAUAGUAUAUUAGAUGCCCCACUAGUGCCACAUUUUGUUGAGAAAUCUCACUCACCCGAUGAUUUCAAGUUUUUUGUGCUGUUUAAAUUUACACCAAGGUCCUUCAACAAACAAGAUAAGCAGAGGAUCCUUCUUCAAAAAGAAUCAUUUUUCAUUCACAAGUUCAAUACAUGUAUACCCAAUGGGUUAAAUGUUAAUUGUGACUUCUCCUGUUUCCUUUAAAUAAUUAAAUUACAAAGAAAGGGAUAUUAAAAUCAGCAUAGCUGGUCCAAUAUUCCCACUCAUUGUAUAAUUGAUUGAUGGUUGGGGAGAGUAUUUAACUCUUAAGUUUAAGCAUCAUUCAUUAAGGAUCAUAGCAUGUCCGAGCAGGCACGGUGGUGAGAUGCUGCUUUUAGUGACAAGGCUUUUCCAGAUUUAAGAACGUGAAUCUCCCAAAUAAAGACAAUGGGCAGACCAAGGAAAACUUCUGACAACGUAUCCUCCCCUCAGCCUGCUGCUACUGUGCCAAAAGCAGCCCCGGCAACACCUCGAUCCUCUGCUUCAUCCAGGACAACACCCACAAGCAGCAGAGCUUCAGGUGCUCCAGCAGCUAAGAGUGAAAGUGGCAGAAGGGGGCAGGUUGAAAAGCCAGCCUGUGCCACGAGCUCCAGAGGAACAGGGCAAAGAUGCCAAACCAGGUCCACAGCAGCACUCAGCAGUGAGCAAGGAGAUGCAAAGAACAGCCGUGGAGCAAGAGCGAAGGCCUCUUCAGCAGCCGGAAGAGAGAAGUCUGAUGCUGCCGCAGCAACCCAAACCUCUUCCAGUGUGUCUGCGAAGCCAUUGCAGGCUGCUGGCAAAGCAAGUGGUCUCCACUCCCCACCUCUCCCUGGAAAAGUGGCUGAAAUAGAAAGGGUGACGCGGGGUCAGAGGACCAACCCCGAAUGGCACAAGUGGCGGGAAAACCGUAUCACAGCCUCUGUAGCUCCCAGGAUUGCCAGCAGCAAGUUUGCGAAUGGCCGGAGCUCUGAAGUGCCUCAGUCAUACCUUAAAGCUGUAGUAGAAUCUGGCUCCACUGUUCAGACCCCAGCCAUGUCUUGGGGCAUCCGCAAUGAGAAGAAAGCGGUAGAGGCCUAUGAGGCACUCAAGUCCAGCAAGGCUAACAAGCCAGUGAAGGUUGACGACUGUGGCCUCUUCAUUGACAAGAGCAAGGCGUGGCUUGCUGCCAGCCCUGACGGGAUUGUCAGAGAAGCCGAUACCGGCAAAGAGCUGGGGGUUUUGGAGGUCAAGUGUCCCUAUAAACACAGAGAUAAGACCAUGACAGAAGCCUGCAAGGACAAAGCCUUUUGCCUGGAGAAAGAAGGAGAUUCUUUCUCAUUGAAGAAAACCCACCCCUAUUACACACAGGUGCAGUGCCAGAUGGGAGUCACCGGCCUUGGGAAGGCAGACCUUGUGGUUCACACCAACAAAGAGACUGUGAUCACCCCAGUGGACUUUGAUCCUGCUUUCUGGGAGACUACCGUGUCCAAGCUGGAGAAGUUCUACACCGAUGCUGUGGUUCCUCAUCUGGAACAGAAGCAAAGUGCUGCAGUUUGGGCUAAAGAAGAAUAAAGUUGUGGGGUGGAAUCCUAACUAGUGUUCUCUCUAACAAGGAUUCCCAGAUGCUGUUGACUACAACUGCCAGCAUCCCCAGCUGCAAUAGCCUUUGCUUAGGGAUUAUGGCGUUGUAGUCAACAUCUAGGAACCCCUGUUAGAGGAACACUGAUCCUUACUUAUUCCCUCCUUUUGAAAGAUGUGCCUUCAGCCAGUAACGCAAUGUUAGUUUCCUACCCAGCAUUGGAAAAUAAACCACAUUUCUGUGCCUUAAUACAUCCUUGCAAAUAGUUAGAGCAACCCAGUACUGUCUACCUUUUUCCCACACAUCACACCUUUCUCCUUGCCUGACAACUAGCCACAGAAUGAUGAAACUACAGGGGCUGUGUGUAUCCUUUCUCGUGGCUUUUAAGGAAAAGCAUUCUCUUGACAUUUUGAGAUCAGAGAAAAGUGCACAGUUGCUGCCAUUUUCUGCUGCAAAGAGUGGCACAACCAGACUGUCCCCUCUGCUUGUCAUCACUUUAUAUUAGUGGACCAGAAGAGGCAACAGGGAUCAUUUGGAAGCAGAUGGCUAGACAGUGGAGAUGGAGAGAACAAGUACAACUCCUACUUGCAUACUUCGUACAACUGCACUGCUACUGUAAUAACUUCCAGAUAAUUUCCCAUCAAGAAGCAGUAUGUAAGAUCAGCCUCUCUUCUCAAGUGACGACUUCUGCUUUCCAACCACUGGGAGAAUGAAAGGACAUGUUUGUUGAAGCCAAAGUACUUGUAGUUGAGCUUCAUGGGCUUGAAGGCUGCCCCCCACCCCCCAAGACAGAGCCAAACUCUUUUCCAGGAAAAGGCCCACAUGAUGGCUAGACAUCCACCAUUCUGAACCAAAGAAAGGAGAAUGGAGUACCUGGGUAUGAAGAGACAGGUGGCUUGAUUGUAAACCAGGACUGAAUUUAAGCCUGCCAUUCAUGCACUGGUUCCAUUGAAUUGUACAGGGCUCAUUUCUGGAGUAUGCUGAAAGUCUAGGUUUCUGUCAGUAUCAAAGAUAGCAUGUGAUCUAUCGUAAGAUAUCCCACGUGUUCCAGUGAACAGAGAUUAGGUGCUCCCCCGCCCCCACACUGCUCAGAAAACUGGAUCUUUUGCAUUGCCAAACAUCCCUUCCAUGCCCACUUUAGUAAAGGGCCAUCUGCUGCUUAAGAUGAUAAUUAUAUAAUGCUUCAUUUUAUAUUUAGAAAAUCAACUGCAGAUUGCAGUUUUGUUUAGAAAAGCUUAGUUUGGUAGUAAGACAUAAGCCAGUUGGAUUGAGUAGCUGUUAACUUUAAUGUGGACCACGGCUUCUGUUGUACAAAAGAUAGUAUGUUCAAUAAAAACACUUGUGAAAAAUGUCA